ACUACUACUACUAAGGCCUCUUCAAGAAGGGUAUAACACUGUCACCACAACAUCAUCACAACGUCACCACUUUACGGUAACAACACCUUACUAUUGCCAAAACAUCACUAUAAUACCAGUACCACCAGCACCACCACCUAAACACCACCUCCUUCAACGUAACCCUAACCCUAAUUCCCCACCACCGCCACCAAUACCACACACACACAAAGAAAACGAAACAAAACGUAUAUAACAAUAGUAAGCAUAACAAGAAAGUGACGAUGGUUAUAAAAGGCUAGGAUAACAACAGCAGCCAGUGUUUGUGACCAACCCUUCGAAAUCCGGAUUAAUUUCUCUUUUGUUUGCCUUAAGGAAUACACAUUCUAGAAUAGGAAGACAGUGGAUAGCUUCGCUUAGAGACAGAGAAACAGCUUCACAAGUUGACAAGGUACCCCCAUUCAGGGGAAGAUAAGAUUUUUACCUUCACAGGAAAAAAGAGAUAUAUUUAUAUAUAUAUAGUUUGACAGGAAGAUAUUGUACACCUCUGCAGUAAGAAUUACUCUGUCUCGGAAAGUUAGAGUUUACCUUUCAUGGGAAGCAUGUACAGACGAUAUGAUUUGAUCUCUGACGCUGAUCUUAAUAUAAUAUAGAGGAAAACCAAACACCGAGGACACGAUUCCUGCUCUCGUUAUAUGACAAAAUUAUCUCUACCCGCUCCACUCAAUUCUCUUCUAUAAUCACACACGCACAUAUAUAUAAAUACCUAUGUAUAUAAAUAUAUAUAAGAACAACAUCAGUGUCAAUCGUUAGACGACUGAUCGCUUCAAGGAUGGUUUUAUUACAACCGCGGAAACCUCCGAUGUAUUAUCCCGGAUGGCAGUAUUCAAACGCAACUGACAAAGAAUGGGGCCCGCAAUACGACAACUUGGCUUAUCAGCCAGAACUGGUGAGUCGGCUGCAGCGCACGUGGCCAAACUCACAGAAGCAAACAUUAUUUUCUGGAGAGAGUAACAAUGAUUGGGAUAACAUGCCUCCAGAUUAUUCUCCCAACACCCGCAAUUGCAAGAGGUUUCUAGUAAUCUUUGGAGUUCUACUUCUGAUUAUAGGUGUUGCAGCUGGAAUUGUUGUGGCCAUUUAUUUUUCUAGUCAAGGUAAGUUACUUUUCUUCCAUAAUAUGGUUAGUUCAAUUGACAGAUUUGUUUGGACGUUGGACAAAAUGCAUUACUGUAUUUUUGGGGCAGUCUCUACAUUCUGAUCCUGUUGAGGUGGA